GGCCUUCGUGGGUUUUGCUGUGGUUUUGGGUAUUAAUUCCUGGAAGCAAAAGGGAAAAAGUUUAGGAGUGUAGAUUUUUAUUCUUGCAGGUUAUUCAUGGUAAACAGUCAUGCCUUUGUUGUGUGUUAACACAGGUAAAACUGUUUGAAGUUGAUCGACGUGUCCAGUAAAACUUAGCGGAAGUGAAUGGUGCGCACGACGCAAGUAACUGUCAAAACAAACAUAAAAUGGUCUAUUGCUUUUGUACACGUUCAGCUCAAGUGUGAGGGUCUGUAUUUCAUCUAUGCUACUACCAAAAUAACAACAUGUGGUUGAAGCUUUGUUUGCUGCUUAUCUAUGUGACAUUUUUAUUCAUCAUAGCUCGGUUUAUCGAGGCUGUAACAUGGUAUGAAACAGGUUCUUUAUCAAGACGCCUUCUUGAUCCAAUGACCCUGUCAGUGAUGAAAUUAAAAGCCUUGUUACAUCAGAGAGGGGUUACCUAUGAUGGAGUUGUUGAGAAAUCUGAUCUGACACAACUUGUUGAAUCUACAGGGCCUGCUAUGGAAGAUGAAGUUGAAAUGUCUUUAAUGGAAGAAGAGACCAGUGUAGAAACAGUUUUCGAGUCAGGAGCACAUUUUUACGAGCAAGUUGAAGAUGCUAAAGACAGUGUGUGGAUUAUCUCAGUGAUAUGGGGUGAUACUCUUAACCACAGAUUUAUAUCAGAGACAGUAUGGAAAUCUAUUAAAAAAAGAGUUUCCAGAUUUGGUAUAAGAGCAGGAAUAAUGGAUUGUGGCAAAUACCCCAAGUACUGUCAUAGGAAAGGAUUUAGUACACCAAGACUCAUGAUGGCUGUCCCUCAAGAUUUCAAGACAAAAGCAUCUGUUAAAAUGUAUACAUAUUAUGGCCCUGCUCGAGAAUCAAAUAUAAAUAGAUGGAUUCAUGAAAGAAUUGAUGAAAAAGUAAAUACUGUGAAAAGAUUCAAGGAAUUCAAGUCUGAUUGGCUGUUAUAUAAACACAGUUUUUUAAAUCCAGAAAUACGCACAAUAUUAUUUUCGAAAGGACUUACCAUGCCUAUGUUUUAUUCUGCUCUUAGCUUGAAAUUUCCUGGUCGUGUACAAUUUGGAAAAGUUGAUAUGCGAUCAUCAAAUGAAGAAUUUAAACAUUUUUUAUGGAAUAACUCAAAGGUUUAUGGAUCAUUACCUUAUUAUUUGAUCAUUACACCAGAAGAUAAGUUUGUCUAUGGCUUAAAAAGAGGAGAGUAUUUAACAUAUGAAAGUUUAGAAAUAUAUUUAAAAUGUCUAUAUCCAUCUCUCAACGAUUUAUUUAUUUUAUCAUUUGUUAUUGUUAAUGUUAUGAGUUGGUUUGAGUUUUUUGAGGUUCAGGGAACUCUAUUUAAAAGAUUGAGAAAGUUACUAUGGUGUGCUUUAAAAUAUAAUGUUUUGUUAAUAAUGACAUGGUUACCAUUAGUUGGGAUAUUCUCAUUACCAAAUUUGGACAAGUUAACCAUGUUUGGUUUGAAAAUAGUGCGUUUAAUUUCAACUUCCUCUCUGGCUAGCCUUUUACGACAAGAUAUCUUUUUUUAUACUGUUUAUAGUCGCUGUUUGGCUCUAUCAUUUCUUCUCUAUACUUUUCUCAUUGGAUUAGUUCAGUACAUGAAACAAGAUGUUGUGACAAACGAAAAUAAUGGUGAAGAAGAGGAAGACCUGUGGAAUUUCAAUCAGAUGAGAACAUUACAACAUCUGUUUCGACCAGCAGAUAGUAUAGGACGAUUAGAAUCCGGACUAAAUCGCUUUGGUGUGGUCACUUCAACACUUUGGUUACAACCAUCUGGCUCAUUAGAGUACAUUCAACAACUUCCAACUUGGCAAUUUCAUAUUAAUAAUGUACACUGUGUCAAUGAAAAUCCAACAGAAAUGAAAGAAAUAGUACAAAAUGAAAAUCUUGAUAUGUUAAAAGAAGAUGAAGUGUUUUCAGAAAAGGAAAUUGUGCAAUCUGAAAAAUUUAUGGAAGAUAUCAAAUUAAAUUUAUCAUUUCCACCUGGGUAUCUACCUAAUACCCAGUGUGUUAUCUGUCUUGAUGAUUAUGAAAAUGGAAUUACAUUAUGUGGUUUACCAUGUGGACAUUCAUUUCAUGAGAAAUGUAUCCUCUCCUGGUUGAAUCGAGACAAUCAUUUUUGUCCAACUUGUCGAUGGCCUGCUGAUCAACCUAAAAAAGAUACUCUGCAUCUUCAUUGUGAAUAA